AGUAUAGACUCAAAUUCUAUUGGCAGCUUCACAGGAAGAACAAACAACUUCACAGUUUCUGAACACUUUAACCUUCGUGAAUGCAUUUCCGGGGCUUUUGCUGAAAAUACCUGUUUACCUCAGUAAAGGUGCCUGUGUUAACUCUCUGAAGUUGCUUGCCACUAUCCAGCUUAGCAGGGGCUCCAGGACAGGGAUGACAGAAAUGAACACAUUCAAACUCACUGAUGAUGAGAUGGCUGAAGUUAAAAAAGAUGCUAUUGAAUCUUUGCGGCCCUACCUCUGUGAAAAGAUUAUUGCAGAAAGACAUUUUGAUUACCUGAGAUCAAAAAAGAUAUUAAACAAAGAUGACGCCGAAGAAAUUUUGUGCCAAGCAACAAGUCGCCGAAGAGCAGGAGAUUUGUUAGAUCGGUUAGCCAAAAAUCCAAAGGGUCUAGAUGCUUUAAUUGAAUCAAUACGACUACAAGAAACACAGGAUUUCCUGAUAGAUAAAAUACUUGAUGAAGUACUUAGAGUCAAAAACAAAAAACUGGAAUCAUGUAGAGGUUGCAGUUUAAGCACUUAUGAGUCAACACUAAAUGGAUCAUCUCGUGAAUUUUUAACACAAUAUACAUUGGAUGAUAAGCUUUUGGUACCUGAAACUGAAUCUACAUUUCUUUAUCAUCCUGAAGGGGAAUCAAGUCUUCCUAUCCUUUUAAAUGCUUCACAGACAUCAAUAAACAGGUCUCUUUUAGAUAAGGCAAAUACAAAGAACAGCAGGCAAAGUGGUUUCAUCUGCUCUAAGCUUCCCAAACCUGGAGAGCCUGGUGCCCCAUCUUUGCCUGCAGCCCUUCCAUGUGAAAAUGAUGAUGUCUUAGCAAACUCUUCUAUUGACGAUCAGUUUUUACCUUUGAGGUCCAGUUCCUUUUGCUGAAGCAUGAUACUGACCAUGGCAUACAUCACACUGAUGGACAUUAUCACAGAAUGAUUCUUGCAGAUGCUAUUACUUAAGAACAUCAAUUCUGGGAAAUGUAACAAUCUGGACUUUGAAGAAAUUGUCACUGGAUAGACCAAGAUAAUGUUGUAAAUAAUAUGUAUUGCUGAACUGCAGUCCAUACUUAAAGCUUUGACUUAUAAAAAUUAUACCACUAUAAUCAAUAUAUAGUUCUCUGAAAGGUGUGGGUAUGUUUAUAAAUCUGCCUGCUUCGCAAAAAAAUCUUACAGUUACUAAGUGAUUGAUAAAUACAAUAGUACUGGUCUUGCUGGAUAUAUAAAGAUAUAUUUAAAGGGAUAGUAACACCAAAACAAAAUUAUUUAAAUACUGUAUAAUGUAUUUCUGUAUCACUGUGAUUUUAUUAGCAUUGUGCUUGCUUCAGAAGUUGUUAUAUAAUGUAUUUGAUAUAAAUAAGCUCCAUUGUAUCACUGUAGGCAGCCACUGUAUUGUCCCCUAUGCAUUGCACAGAACAGAUAAGCUAUUUACAGUAUAGUGGUUUUUGUACUUUAUGCUAAUAAAAGAGUUAAAAUGC